AUGGACGGACCUGAUCAGAUCGGUCCCGACUUGCGACCUAAACGGUCCUGGCGGGAGAAGACCCGGCGCAUGGUCAAGACAUUCACUACCAGAGAGGGACUGGUCGGUGACUACGAUUAUGCAUACCUUUUCACCCCCAACCUUCCUUUCAUCAACAGGGGCCGCAAGUCCGCUCCCUUCUUCGGACUGGAGGACAAAGUCCCCGUUCUUCUGGCCCUCCUCUUGGGUUUACAACAUGCGCUGGCAAUGCUGGGUGGAGUCAUCUCGCCCCCUAUCCUGAUCGGUGGCACGAGUGGUGCCAACUUCGGCACGAAAGACUACGAAUACCUGGUUUCAACUUCCCUUAUCGUUUCCGGCCUAUUGUCUGCAGUACAGAUGGCCCGAUUCCACGUCUACAAAACUCGCUUCUAUGUCGGAACGGGGUUGAUCUCAGUUGUUGGUACCUCGUUCGCUACCAUCACCGUAUCGUCCGGAACGUUCAACCAAAUGUACACGUCGGGAUACUGCCCGGUGGAUAGCGAUGGGAACCGCCUGCCUUGUCCGAAGGGCUAUGGGGCUCUGCUGGGCACGUCGUGUCUGUGCUCCUUGCUCGAAAUUGGUUUGUCGUUCAUGAGCCCUCGGAUUCUGAAACGCAUUUUCCCGCCAUUGGUGACCGGCCCCACGAUUUUGUUGAUUGGAGCCAGUCUGAUUCAGUCGAGUAUGGAGGACUGGGCUGGUGGCUCGGGAACCUGUUUUACGGAUGCAGCCAGCCGUGCACUGUGCCCUAGUGCCGACUCGCCACACGCUCUCCCCUGGGGCAGCCCCGAGUUCAUUGGACUUGGCUUUUCGGUCUUUGUGACGAUUAUCCUGUGCGAACGAUUUGGCGCUCCAAUGAUGAAGUCCUGCGCUGUGAUCAUCGGCCUGCUCGUUGGAUGCAUCAUUGCUGCCGCUUGCGGAUACUUCGACCGGUCGAGCAUCGAUGCUGCCCCGGUGGCCUCGUUCAUCUGGGUCCGCACCUUCCCUCUGACCAUCUACGCACCUCUGAUCCUACCCCUGCUGGCCGUGUACAUCGUGGUCAUGAUGGAGUCGAUCGGCGAUAUCACCGCCACCUGUGAUGUAUCACAGGUAGAGGUGGAGGGUCCGGAGUUUGACUCUCGCGUCCAGGGUGGUGUUCUGGGUAACGGAUUCACCUGUCUGCUGGCCGGACUGUGCACGAUCACCCCCAUGUCUGUGUUUGCUCAGAACAACGGUGUCAUUGCCUUGACCAAGUGCGCCAACCGCAAGGCUGGCUACUGCUGCUGUUUCUUCUUGGUCAUCAUGGGCAUCUUUGCGAAGUUUGCUGCCGCCCUCACCUCCAUCCCCAGCGCGGUGCUUGGUGGGAUGACCACGUUCCUCUUCUCCUCCGUGGCCAUUUCUGGAGUCCGCAUUAUUGCGACUGUGCCGUUCACGCGGCGCAACCGGUUUGUCCUGACGGCCUCCUUUUCCAUCGGCAUGGGUGUCACCCUGGUGCCUACCUGGUUCUCCUACUUCUUCACCUACAGCGGCAACAACCGCGGCCUGACGGGUCUGCUGGAUGCGAUUGACUUGGUGAUGAACAACGGGUUCGCCAUCACCGCCAUUCUGGGGGUGAUUUUGAACCUGAUCAUUCCCGAAGAAGCGGAUGAGGGGGCGGCUGUUGUCGAGGCUCGAGCAGAACCUCGGGCGGUUGAACAGCCGGACGAGCCUGAAAAUGCUCAAUACACGAAGGGGGAGCACCCGUCUGGAGUUUCAGCUGUAUAA